AUGUAUUUACAGAGAAUUAAUAUUCUCGCAGAACAUUUAAAACAAACAGACCAAUUAAACAGCAAUAAUAAUUAUCUAGACUCUAAUCAUUGUAGUAGUAAAACAACAACAGCUUCAACAAUGAACCAACAACAACCAUUAAAGAGAACUGCUAUUGUAUCGUAUUGUAGAACACCUAUGGGUGGAUUCAAUGGAUCAUUGGCAUCAUUCAAUGCUGUCGAUUUGGCUUCACUUACCAUCAGAGAGGCUAUUUCACGUUGCACCAAACACUGCCCAGACUUUAUCAAUAAUAUCGAUGAGGUGUUACUCGGUAAUGUCAUGUCUGCCAACCUUGGUCAAGCACCUGCUAAACAAGCUUCUCUCAAUGCUGGUAUUCCUCCAUCUGUCCCAUGUACUGCUAUUAACAAAGUUUGUGCAUCUGGUAUGAAAGCAGUAAUGUUUGGUUCACAACUCAUUCAAACUGGGGCUUGUGAAGUUGUUGUAGCUGGUGGAUUUGAGUCAAUGUCCAAUGUCCCAUACUACCUCCCCAAUGUUAGAAAUAGUGGUUUGAGAAUGGGUAAUGGUACAUUGGUAGAUGGUAUGUUAAAGGAUGGUCUAACUGAUCCAUUUGGAGGUUUCCAUAUGGGUAUCGCUGCUGAAAAGUGUUCAAAAGACUACAGUAUCACCAAACAACAACAAGAUGAAUAUGCAAUCACAAGUUAUAGACGUGCUCUUGAAGCUACCAAGAACAAUCAUUUUGCAGAGGAAAUCGUACCAGUUAAAAUAGCUGGUAUUAAAGGUAAACCAGAUACUUUUGUUACUCAAGAUGAUGAAAUUAAUAAUGCAAACUAUGAAAAACUUGGAAACUUACAACCAGCAUUCCAAAAGGAUGGUAGUGGUACAGUAACGGCUGGUAAUGCAUCGGUGAUUUCAGAUGGUGCAUCGAUUAUCAUUUUAAUGAGUGAAGAAAAGGCAAAACAAUUAAAUAUCCCAAUCAUUGCAUUUAUUAGUGGAUGUGCAGAUGCUGCUCAAGAACCAAUUCAAUUUACAACCACUCCAGCCAUUGCCAUCCCAAAGGCUCUCAAAAAUGCAAACAUCCCAAUUGAAAAGGUUGACUUGUUUGAAAUUAAUGAAGCUUUUAGUGUUGUUGCUUUAUCAAAUAUGAAGAUUUUAAAUAUUCCACAUUCCAAAAUUAAUAUUUAUGGAGGAGCUGUUGCUUUGGGACAUCCACUUGGAAGUAGUGGAAGUAGAAUCAUUUGUACAUUAAUUUCAGCACUCAAACAAACUAAUGGAAAGAUUGGUGUUGCUAGUAUAUGCAAUGGUGGUGGUGGUGCUAGUGCUGUUGAAUGUGAUGAUCUUCCAAUCAAUAUUUAG